UCAAUGAGUGUAAGCAUGACUCCCACGGUUGGCGGCGACGAGGACAAGCGGCUGUCUUUUCAGGAACAAUUGGAGCUCGUCAAGUUGCCUCGUGAAGGCCAAGCCCACCGAUACAUCUCGACUCGAUCAGCAUAUCUCCCAGGUUCAGACUUUGCAAAGGGAAAAGAGCUGCCCAGUUUCCACACUGCGGCGUUUGGUGGCCAUGUGUACGCUCAGGCAGGCCUGGCCGCCUAUAGAGCGUGGAGAGAAACCGAAGAGGAGAAGGGGGUUCCAGAACAUGCGAGGUUGGAUAUCCACACAAUAAACGGUUACUUUACCCGCAUCGGCCUUGCCAGCAGACCCUUCAUUUACACGGCCUCUCCCGUUACCGCGUCCCGCACCUUCAGCACCGUUUCCGUGACUGCCACUCAGCCAUCUGUUCCCAGCAACUCACCCUCUGAAGAUCACUACCCUGCCGAAGACGCCUCGCUGCCGCAGUACCCGCCAGCCUUUACCGCGUUGCUGUCAUUCAAGCUCCCAGAGCCAGACUGGGAUGGCACAGUCUCUGAGCAGGAGGCGCCGCCCCAGGAGCGCUUCGCUUCCAUCUUGUCAUCCCGCAAGCCAGAAGAGUGGCCGCCCGCCCCGCCGGUGGACAUCACCGGCGUGGUGGAGAUUGUCGGAGACGACCAGGUCGGGACGUUCCCGAUUGCGGAGAUGAAGAAAGUGGAUAUGAAGGAGUAUAACGAGGGGAAGCCGGUUCAUGAGAGACGGGAGCUGCUUUUGUACCGGUUGUUGAAGCCGCUACCGGACGAUAAGGAUGCGAAGAGCGGGUAUGAUGCCAAUGCUCAUGUGUUGGUGCACGCUUUUGUGGCGGAUAGGAAUGGGCUGCUGAUGGCUGGGAAUCACAUCGGGCUGGGAUAUAGUCUGGGAAGGGCUGCUAGUCUGAGUUAUCAUUUUGUGAUGCACGUGGAGGCCAAGGCUGCGGUGAUGAGGGAGGAGGACGGGUGGUGGAUUCAAGAGGUUUGGUUUCCGAGGGCGGGGAGGGGAAGAGGGAUCGUUGAAAGUAAGAUUUGGAGCCCGAGUGGUGUGCACGUUGCGACGGAGUAUCAGGACGGACUGAUCCAGGGGUUUGGCGGAAAGCUGUUGAAGGAGAAGGAGGUUUCUGGGCAGGAGGCAAAGCUGUGA